AUGAAUGGCCCUCGCUGCCUCGCCAAGCUGUCCACACGUGCGUUAGCAUCCCUUGCGCUAAACCUCAGACAGAGAAGUCGCUGGAUGAAGACCAUGGCCGUACAUAUGUCACCACGAGAGCCCUCUCCGGAAUUGAUCGCCCAGCUGGGGAAACCGCCCAGGAUGCGCACGAAUCCGGCUUUCAAAAAGGUUCAAACGCCCGAGUUCCAAAGCAUAUUCACCCCCGAGCUGAAGGAGCUUGUGGGUCUCUUCGAUAAGUACGACUAUGAGCUGCGGAUCGCUGGCGGUGCUGUGCGCGACAUCCUGAUGAGCAUUCCUCCGAAGGACAUCGACCUGGCCACCACUGCCACUCCGGAGCAGAUGAAGGAGAUGUUCGAGAAGGAGGAGGUGCGGAUGAUCAACGCGAACGGCGAAAAGCACGGCACCAUCACUCCCCGGAUCAAUGACAAGGAGAACUUCGAGGUCACCACACUGCGCAUCGACAUCCGCACCGAUGGACGCCACGCGGAGGUGAUGUAUACCACCGACUGGCAGCUGGACGCUAACCGCCGUGAUCUGACCAUCAACUCCAUGUUCUUGGGCUUCGAUGGCACCGUAUACGACUACUUCUAUGGCUACGACGAUCUCCAGGAGCGUCGCGUGGUCUUUGUGGGCGAUGCGGAUGUCCGGAUCAAGGAGGACUUUCUUCGCAUUCUACGCUAUUUCCGAUUCUACGGACGCAUAGCGAAUGAAGAAAAUAACCACGAUGAGGCCACUCUGGCUGCCAUUAAGGAGAAUGCAGGGGGCCUUGCAAGGAUAAGCGGAGAGCGGAUCUGGACAGAGCUGCAAAAGAUAGUGGUGGGGAAUUACGGACCCGCCUUGCUGCUGGAGAUGCAUCGUUGCAACCUAUUCGAGCACAUUGGUCUGCCUGUCGAGCCCAACUUGGAGGAGUUCGAGCGACUUUGCGCUGCUCUAGAGCACUUCGAGAAACCGCAUUAUCCCAUUUUGUACAUGACGGGGAUGCUGCACUCUGCGGAAGAUGCCAUGGCGAUGCACAAACGCCUGAAGCUAUCCGCCUACGAAAGGGACCUGGCCAGGUUUAUCACUCAGGAGCGGGAGAAGGUUGGCACAGAUUACACCACCCUGCGCGACUACCAAAAACUGUGCUUGCAGAAGUACAUUCAACGGGAUUACGUGGAACAGUUGCUUAAAUACUCCGACAAACAGGAACUCUACAAUCAGCUCAAGUCGUGGGUCAAGCCUAAUUUUCCAAUUAGAGGAAAUGCGUUGGCUGAGCACGGUCUUAAGGGGAUACGACUUGGUCUGGUUAUGGACGAACUAAAACUCCUUUGGGCAGACAGUGACUUCCAAUUAAGCUACGAUGAUCUGGUGAAAAGGAUUCCUGACGUCUUGGAAAAGAUACCAAGUUCACCCAGUAAAGUAAAAAGUAUGAAGUAGUUCUGAUUCCAUCUUGAGCUUUCCUACCCUCGUGGGUAUGUUUAUUAAAGUUUUUAUGACCACUUGAUAGAAUGUUA